AUGAGAACCGUCACAUUUUCGAUAUUAUAUUGCGCCACAUUCAUAAGUUUAGGAGCUCCGACCGUAGAACAUCUUCCAAUAGAAGCAGAAGAAGUUGAAACGCCAUGUGAAACGGAUCCGGUGAUUAGUGUUGGCAUAGGAAUUGUGCUUUCUGGGAUUGUUCUUAUUAUGUCAAUACUAACAUGUCUUCUUUGGGUUCUUUGCAAAUCGAAAAAAAAUUGUCGAAGUUCAGAAAAUAGGCAAGUCGUCGUUAACCCAAUGUUAGAGCUUCAGUCGGUUCCUAUUGAUUUGAACUAUGUCGAAGAUCUUGAUACAAAUUGUUACGAAAUCAAGCUAGAAAACCUUGAAAUUGUUUCGGGAAGUUUGAUUUUGAGUGAGUCUGUUGCAGUAUCAAAAGGAUUGCUGCAUAUAAGAAAUCCUAGUGGUGAAGAACACGGAUGUUUGGAAGUUGCUGUGAAAGGCGCCGCAAACAAUAGAUCCUGCAGUGAUUAUACAAUCUACAAGGAGUUGAUGUUAAUGUGUGCAAUUGGAAAACAUUCAGAUGUGUUAACUUUAAUCGGAGCAGUCACAAGUCUUGGAAGACACAAAACUAUGAUCGUUUCCGAACAUGUAGAGUGUGGGGAUCUACUGAACUAUUUGAGACAAAAUCGAGAACGAUUUCAAGCCAAACAGCCUAUUUGGUCUAAUGAAGAUAACAGUGGAUACCUCAUUCCUAAGAGUAAACCCAUUGAAAACUCAUUGUAUACAUCUGGCCUACUCUCGUUUGCAUAUCAAAUAGCAAAUGGAAUGAAACAUUUGGCAUCUGUCCUGUGUGUCCACCGAGAUCUGGCUCUGCGUAAUAUAUUGGUAAAAAGAAAUAAAAUAAUUCGAAUCAGUGAUUUUGGAGUUCUGAGCGGCUAUGAUGUUCCCCUUCCCUUCUUCUGGUUAGCGCCGGAAUGUUUUGAAGAAUACAAAUUUUCAGAAAAAACUGAUGUAUGGGCAUUUGGAAUUUGUUUAUAUGAAUUGUUUUCUCUGGGCGAAACACUAUAUAAAGAUAUUCCCGCGAGCGGAAAUACCGUUGAUGCAAUCAUAGAAUUCCUGAAAGUUGGUAAUCGGCUCCCGCAACCAGAGCAUUGUUCUUUCCGAAGUUACGAAUUCAUGAAACUAUGCUGGAGUACUGACCCGAUUAAACGUCCAACGUUCGAUGAAUGCAAAAACUUUUUUGCAGAUGAACUGAAAGAUUUAUCUCCACAGAUGUUCGAGAACAUUAAAAACAUUCUUCAAGAAGAGUCUGCAAAACAGAUUGAUCUUGUGAAUUUGAUAUAUGCAAAGUAA